AACAGUACGCCUCUCAAAAUGGCGGAAGAACCAACACGGGAGUGGAGCGAUGAGCAGCUCAAAAGUGAUGAUUUACCCAAAAAAGACAUUAUAAAGUUCAUUCAGGACAAUGCAGCACACUCGUUCCUCAAUGAGCACAAACUGCUGGGAAACAUAAAAAAUGUGGCCAAAACAGCAAAGAAAGAGCAAUUGAUCGUCGCCUACAAUGCGCUCUUUGAGAGCAAAAGGUUCAAAGGCACUGAGCCGGUUGAAGUAGUAACUGAGCAGGUGAAAGCUGUGAAAAUUGAAGAGAAACCCAAAGAAGUCAAGACAGAAGUCAUAGAUGAGGGUCCGCCCAAGUACACAAAGUCAGUGCUGAAGAAAGGUGACAAAGAAAACUUCCCAAAGAAAGGCGACACUGUGGGCUGCUGGUACACUGGCUCUUUGGAGGAUGGAACUGUGUUUGACACAAAUAUUCCCCCAACAGCUAGAAAGAAGAAGCAGACUAAACCACUGACCUUCAAAGUGGGCAUGGGCAAAGUCAUCAGAGGAUGGGACGAGGCCCUUCUGACAAUGAGCAAGGGUGAAACAGCCCGACUGGAGAUUGAACCAGAGUGGGCCUAUGGAAAAAAGGGUCUCCCUGACUCCAAAAUUCCGCCCAAUGCAAAGCUGAUUUUUGAGGUUGAACUGGUGUCUGUGGAUUGAUCAAGUUUUGGCCAGCAUGCACUACAUUUCAAAGCUGGAGGGACGUUAAAUCCCUGCUGACUUUAUUGUAAAGAGUCAAAUUGAAAAAAGCCAUUAGUUUGCAAUUUUCUGUUUUUACUUGUUACAAGGAACAGCCAGUUAUUACAGCAUUUUAAGUUUUGGCUUGUCAAUAAUGUAAAUAUGAGACACCCUGAAACCUUACUCUCUGUAUUUUUGUUUUGUUCUUAUGCAUGUACCAUGUAAAUGAUAUAAACACGUUUCAGAGACUAA